CUUUCUCUCUUCGUGUGUGUGUGGUAUUUUAAUGCCGCAUACUUCAUGAGAACGAAGAAAUUUCCUACUAUUACUGUUGAAUAAUUUUUAUGUUUCAGAAGAGAUUGUAUUUAUGGCAUAACUUGAAAAACUGAAUACUAUGAUCUGUUGUAAUUGGGAUUUGGGGUUUGAGUGGCAGUGACAUGUGAGUGUCUUGCACAGUACUAUUUUUGGCUUCUGGGUGUUGGCUUCUCUUCAGUAGCUAUAGAAAGCUAGUUGAGGUACAUUUGGAGGUUCUGAAAUGAACAGAAACUUUUGAUAUGAUUUUUUAAACUUUAAACAUGGGUUGCUGCUUCAGCAAAGAAUUAAGCAACAGCAACGACGAUGAAAAAACGGGCCUUUUAGAAAAAUCUGAGGAGGAAGAAGUACCAGAAAACAGGAUAAGUAAAACUUUAUCUUCAUUAUUUGAUACUGUGGAAGUUAAGGAGCUGCACAAAAUAGAAAAUACGGCCAGUGAUACAACUACUAGAAUUGAUAGAUGGGAGAAGGAACCAAAUGAUAAACAGUUGUUUUGGUCUAAAAAAGUGAAGUUUCCUGCUUUUCAUAUUUUGGAUACUGAAUAUGAAGUGCCUUGUAGAACUAGCAGUUCCUUUAAUUUUAUUCCUUCAUUAAGUUUGGUACAAAAGGUCUUAAAUAGACAUGAAAAUUUAGAGAAAAAUGAAUGUAAAAAAGAUUUAGUUGCUUAUGAACAUCCUUCUGAAAAACCUAAUACUAAUGCAUUCUUUGUUCAUAAUGGAAAUAAACUUAACAUGUCUGAAGGUAGGAGUUCUCAAGACUGUAUUUCUUUUUCUUAUGCACCAGUGCUUUCAGACCAAAGCUUACAGGAAGAGGUUUUUUUUAAUAAAAGCUAUCUGGAAUAUUACCCAGUAACUUGUAAAAACUCAUUAGCAGAAAGGGAAAUAGUGGCAGAUGGCCAAAUCAGCAGCAGUAAUAAUGAGAGCACUAAAAUAUUAGAUGUUCCUGAAAAACAAACAGCAAAUGAAAAACCAAUUUAUGUCGAUCACAAACAAAAUAGUAACUCAAGAGAGAAUGAAUUUUAUAGUAUAUGUGUUGUCGAUUCUGAUUGUCUACAAAUGGAUGAAGAAGUGUCUACUAAUAUUCAUGGAGAAACUUCAACAGAUGAAAACCAUUCAGCUGUUACCAGUGAGGGAAUGUGUACCAUGGCACAGCCUCUAGAUACUGGAAAAGAAAUUUUAGUCUGGCAUGCUGUACAAGGGGCAGCUAAGUUAAGUAUAGAACAGGAAGAAUUGUCCCAGCACAAAAUAUCACUUCCUAGUCAAGCGAAAAAACUUUCUAAUGUGGAAAUUAAAUGUACGACUGGCUUAUUAACUGAAAAUAACCCAACUUAUACAUUGAAAGAUACUUAUAGCAUGUCAGAUGAUAAUUUAAAGGGAAAAGCUUGUGUUGAAUUUCCUAAAGAUCAUAUACAGAGCAGUCUGUUACAUAGUGAUACCAUUCUAUCUGAAUUAAACUUUAACAUAGACUGUGAUUCAUUAAAAGAGAGGUGUGUUGACCAAGAAGAAAGAGAUUUUCCUAUUGCAGACAAAUUAAAUCAUUUGGACAAUUCAUCUAUUAAUUUACUCAAAGACAUUGGAGAUAGUAAAAUGAAUGGUGAAUGUGAUGCUACAGCUAUUAUUGUUGGUCAGAACUUAAGUUCCAGAAGUGAAGUGGAAAAUAUUUAUCUGGAGGAAACUUUAAAUGACAAUAAAAGUAAAGUUGAAUUAGAAUUCAACAAAACAGAGGGCUUUUUUCCUGACAAUCUAGUUGAACUCCAUUCAAGUACAAAUCAGUUGACCAAUUUUAAGAAUUCUCAUUAUAAAUUCCUUCACAUGCACUGUGAUACAAAAGAUGCAGGGUCUAAUUCUAAUGACCAUCACAAUGAAUUUUCUUGCAUCUUAGAUACCAAAGAGAAGGACAAAUUACAACUUGUAAACACUGACUUACUUCUGAGAUCUGUGAAUUAUUCCCAGUUUCAAAAUAAGAUAAAUAUUUUAGAUAAUGAAAAUCAUGCUGACAGUACCAUUAAAUCUAAAAUCUUCAGUCAUAAAGAUUUUCCUACUGAUUUAAAUGUAAGCAAACUGUUAACACAAACCAGAGAGAACUUAAUAUGUGAAUUACAUGAUAAAAACACAUAUAAAGUAAUCCAAGGACCAAAUAACUCACCACCUGUUCUCUCACAAGUACUUGAAAAUAAAGAUAAAAAUUACCUCCAAUCUUCCAGUUCCAUAACCAAAAACUAUGUUUUCCCCACAUCUCUGUUAGCUUGCUCUGAUAAUCAAGUAGACUUGAAGUCAUUUCAUAGAACUGAAGGUGAAACAGAUCCAUUAAGCAAUGUAUCUAAAACAGUCUAUGGUGAGGAUAAUAACUGUGAGACAGAUAGUUUUAGGUCAGAUUCUGAAAUUACCAUUGAUCAAAAAGCAGAUAUACUAACUUGUAAAGAAAAUUUAUUGCACAGACAGAAGAUUCUUUUGUUUUCUUGUGAUAAUACUAAAAAUUUGAAAGACUCUGAACUGAAAAAUAAACAAAGGAAAAACAAAUCUGGAACCCAGAAAAUGUUUAACAAAUGUAAAACUGAAUUAUCUAGCUUAUUGCCACAUUCACUUCAGUGUUCUAAUUCAAAUGUACCUCAGUCAGAAACUGAAGAGUAUAAUCUCAAGAAUAGUAAAAAUUCACAACCAAAGCAAAUUUAUUGUAGAUCAGUGAAAGAAGUUAGUGAUACUUCUGGAAACUAUAAUUCACAUUUAAGUAAACCAGAAUUUCAUAAUGAAGAAGACCAAAAUAGACGGCAAUGCACAGAGAAAGAGAAUGUUGGUCUUAUUCAUAAUGAUUCAUUAGAUACUUAUCAAACAAAUGACCAAGUAUGCCAUUUAAAAGAUAUAAGUCCUGAACCAGAAAUUAGGAAAUAUGUUUUAAAUUCCCAAGAGAUUGAGGUGGAAAAUUACAAGUUGACACACGAAAAACUAAAAUGUGUUGAUACAAAAACUCUGGGUGAAGUUGACCCAACUCAAAUGGAUAAGUAUGCAUCUACUCCCUCUUACGACAUACUUCAAGUAAUUCCUGUUAUCUCAGUUGAUGGCAAAGAAGUGGUACCACUUGAUGAGAAUUGUACCCCUCAUCUUAUGGAGGAUAAAAUGAAUAUGUCAGAAAAUCCCCUCAAAGUGGAUUUCCAGGAUGGAUUGAGUUUCCAUUUCUUAAAUGAACUUUCUUACUACCAAUCUGGAGGGAUAACAAAUCAAAUAUUUUCUAAUAGACUUAUUAAUGGUUGUGGUGCUUACCAAAUGGGCUAUCUGUGGACUAAUUCAAUGCCUGAAGACGUAAUGGAAGAUAUAAGUGAGAAGUUACAAAAUAGGCCAGAAGACUUGAAGAACACCUCACUUUUAGUGGAAAGCUACCCAUAUCAACAGCCAGUACUCCAGGAUGGUGGUAUUUGGGGAUGGCAGGAGAGAAGUGAAGAAUUAGAACCAGCCAAGGUUUCAGAGUUAAACCCUAAUGCAAAAGUAUGGGGGAAUCAUCUGUUACACUUGGAAGCAAGUGGUACCACUGAUGGAAAUGUGAGCAAAACCUGGGAAGAAAUAGCAGAUCACCCUCCAGAUGCCUGCAAAGAAGGAUUGGAUGCCAACAGUAAUGUCGACACAUCAUAUCCAAAUGCAGUGUUAGGAGACCUGCAAGAACCAGUUUCAUUGUCAGACCAAACAGAUAUGAGCACUUUGGUCCUGGACCAUUCAGAAUAUGAGCCUAUGCCUGAAAACUCCCAGACAGAAGAAAGUGAAGAAAUCCCAGAGGACCCCCGAGAAGUGCUUAAAAAAACACUGGAAUUCUGCUUAUCUCGAGAGAAUCUUGCAAGUGACAUGUAUCUUAUAUCACAGAUGGAUAGUGAUCAGUAUGUGCCAAUAACAACAGUAGCUAACCUCGACCAUAUCAAGAAACUCAGUACUGAUUUGGAUUUAAUUGUUGAAGUUCUGCGGUCUUUGCCUUUAGUUCAAGUGGAUGAAAAUGGAGAAAAAGUCAGGCCGAAUCAGAAUCGCUGCAUUGUUAUAUUGCGAGAAGUACCUGAAUCAACUCCUGUUGAAGAAGUAGAAGCACUCUUCACAGGAGAUAACUUGCCUAAGUUUGUCAAUUGUGAAUUUGCCUAUAAUGACAAUUGGUUUAUAACAUUUGAGUCAGAAGCUGAUGCACAGCAGGCUUAUAAAUACCUGAGAGAAGAACUGAAAAUUUUUCAAGGAAAACCAAUAAAGGCACGGAUAAAAGCAAAGGCUAUUGCUAUAAACACAUUUUUGCCAAAGAAUGGAUAUAGACCUCUGGACAUGAACCUUUAUACACAACAGCGUUAUACAACAUCGUUUUACUUACCUCCAGUUUACAAUCCACAUCAACAAUUCCCAUUGUACAGCUUAAUUACACCACAGACCUGGUCAGCUACACAGAGUUAUCUUGAUCCGUCUUUGGUAACACCAUUUCCAAAUACUGGAUUUAUAAAUGGGUUUACAUCUCCCACUUUCAAACCCGCAGCAUCUCCUCUAACAUCACUCAGACAAUAUCCUCCUAGAAACAGGAAUCCUAGUAAGUCACAUCUGCGACAUACGCUACCCACUACAGAUAGAGGACCUGGACUAUUAGAAAGCCCAACAAUAUUUAAUUUCUCCACUGACCGCUUAAUUAAUGGUGUCCGGAGUCCACAAACAAGGCAACCAGGACAGAACAGAACACGGAUGCAAACCACUUCAACUUAUGCCAAGAGGGAUAUUGGAAUCGGACGAAUGGAACAGAAUAAUCUUGAAACUUCUUCACUGUUAGGUAGAGGAAGGAAAAAUUCUUAUGGUUUGAGGAAAAAGAGAGAGGACAAGUUUACAAGAAGUCAAACUCAGUCUCCCACACCACCAAAGCCUCCAUCUCCUAGCUUUGAAUUAGGCUUGUCUAGUUUUCCACCUUUACCUGGAGCUGCAGGCAAUUUGAAGACAGAGGAUUUGUUUGAGAACAGGUUCUCUAACAUGGUAAUAGGAACAUCAAAAGAAAGACCCCUGAAUGUGGAUGCAAGUACAAACAUUAUUCCUGCAAUAAUGCCUAGAGAGCCUUCAAUGUCAGGUUCUUCUGUUCUGUCAGCAGGAUAUGAACAGUCUCCUUCCCCAGUCCAGUUACCUGAAGAAUCCAAGGUUGUGGAAAACAAGCAGAGGGAAACUCACAGCGUGGAAAGGCUUCCUUGUACCCUCGUUCCCACUGCGUGUAGAUCGGUGCAAGUCAAUGGAGUUCCCACAGAAUCAAGAAAACCCAGUUAUGCAGAAAUUUGCCAGAGAACAACUAAAGAGCUGCCGCCACCUCCUCCUCCUCUUCCUCCUCCUCCUCCUCCUCCUCCUUUACAAACCCAGAAAGAACAGAAGUCAAACUCAGCUGGCUGUGGGAAAGAAGAGAAAAAACCCACUGAACCACCAGUGGAGAGAUGCCGAGAACCCCCUCCUUCAAAAUCAAAUCCAGGACACCCCAAAGACCAGAGGAGACAGUCAGGCCGCAGAUCCCCACCACCAGCCCCUGGGAAGCGUUUGAAUAAAGAACAGAGCACACCUCCCAGAUCUCCCCAGUGAACCCUGUGUGUGUUGGAGGGGGCUGUGGAAGAGUUCUGUUUACCAAGGUUCCCACUCGGAGUACGGAGCAUGAGUUGCUGGUUAGGAGCUUGCAGUGGUACAUGAGGCGUGUGAAAUGCCUUCAAGUUAAUUUUCUUCUAUGAAAAAUUAUUUUCCCCUCUUGAAAAACAGUCUAUUUUUUCAGGAUUUAAUUGAUCUAAACCUUACGUUUAGGUUGGUGCUUAACUGGAGGUGAUGCAUAAAGUCUGAUUUUUUUUCAGGAUAGAAAAUGCAUUUAUCUUAACAAAUUGAUAUUUUUUAUGAAGCCUCCAUGUGGCUAUGAAUGCAAGCUAUAUAUAUAGUGAGUUUUUCUAAAUUAAGCAGAAGUCUACUGCUUUCUUUUCUUUUCUUUUUUUUUUUAAAAUAACCAGUCUAGAAGUACAUACCUUAAAAUAUCUAAAUAGACUAAUGAUCUCUGGUGACAGCUAGUAAAGCUAGUAUUGAGAGUGCAGGAAGAACAGAUAAAUUUUGUAAAAUGCUGACACAUGUAACUGGGAGGAAAUUUUUUUUAAUUAUUAUUAUUAUAUUACUGUGACUCACUUGGGCAUAGGAACUUUCACUUUUGGGUUACCUAAAUGGUUGGUUCUAGCAUUUUAACAUUUUAAUUACUAUUUGAUCUUCAAUGCAAAUGAACAAUAAAAUCCUGUGGAGAGCACCAUAGAGAAUAUGUUUGAGUUUUGAUUUACUGCAAGCGAGUAACCAGCUUCUCACUCCAUAUUAAAAUAGAUUUGACUACAUUUAACAAAUUCAAAGCACAUUGUUAACAAACUUUCAUUGUGGAGAGGUGCCCGUAGAUAUAUGUUACUACAAGGUAGCACUGUAAUUUUUGUUUGUUUGUUUGUUUGUUUGGUUGGUUGGUUGGUUGGUUGGUUGGUUUGGUUUGGUUUUGAUGACCCAAAAGUUAGCAUUCUUGGUUUGGCAAGGAAGCUGAUACAAGUCACCACAGUACCUUCUGAUUCCCCCUCAUCCUAUGCUCAUGCUUUGUGUAGAUUUCUUUCAACUCUGUCCCAAGUGCUCUUUGAAAGAGUCCAUGUAUCUUGUCAACUGAGGAUUGAUGUCUUCCUGUACCUCCUAACAUUGGCAUAUAGAUGUAAAAAUUUUUUUAAGUGUGAGAGAAUGGUGUUUGUUGGGGAUUUUUUUAUGUGCUGGAGAAAAAUCCCUGCUUUUCCUCUGAAAUGAGGUCUCUCUUAUUGAUUUACUUCUAGAAGUGCUACACUUCUGAAGAACAAGGAUGCACUAAAUUAGCAAGUUUCUAAUAAAGUUAAAUAUAAAUUAUUUUUGUUUUAAAAUGCCUAAGGUUUUUCUUUAAGUAUUCUAAGCAGCAGGCAGUUAAAAUGAUACUAUUUCCUGCUAAAUGUAACCAUACAACUUAUUCCAUAAAUGUUUAUUUAAAAGAACUGAUUUUUUUUAAGAAAUUAUUUCCAUCCAAUAUUUAAAGACUUGAAUUUUAUUUAAACUUGAAAAUGACUUUGCCUUAACUUUUGUAUAAGACAGCUUAGCGUUAAUGAAGACUGACCCACUGGGUUGGCAUGAGUGGAAUACAGAAUUACUCAGUUACCAUAUAUAUCUAGUGUCACUGGUUAUACUGAGUAAAUUUACUGUAGAACAGAUAAUAGCAGUUUUUGUAAUAUACCUUAAAGAUCUUAAACAGUUGAACUUUUUCAGAUUGUUGAAAAAUCCUGUAAAUGCAAAUAGUCAAUACUGUAUUAAAUAUGUGCACUUGAAAGUAUGUGCUUAGCUUGUACAGUUGUAAAUAAUCAGAACAUAUAAAAAGGUACCCUAAAGAAAAAUCUGAUAAAAAUUAUUGAUAUAUUAUAAAUGUUGCUGUUGAGCUGGAUGUAGAUAAACUAAAUGUUGUGGUUUGAAUAUUACUUUAAUUUGUCACUUUUUUUUUCAUUUUCUUUUAUUCUGGUGUGCUGAACUGACUUUGCCUGUUCACUGCAAAAGGGAAAUUGGGGAAAAAAUCUUAUUUAAAAACCUUCAGUUGUUUUCAUACUCAUCUUUAAAAGUGUGGAUUUUUUUUUUUCAGUAUAAGUGUCUUGUCACAUAAUAUAAAUAAGCAAUUGGCAGUCUAGUGAAGUGUAAAAUAAAUAUAAAUUUUAAAAGAUGGUCCAUCAAAAUAAAAUUUGUUAAAGUGGGAAUUAAGACUGCCUUCUCUCUCCCUGUCAAAAAAAAGUCAUACCCUGAUAUUUUUUUGAUCGCUUUAGCAUCAGUACUCAUAAAGAUUCAAAAUAACUUUCUGAUGCUUAAAUAAGGGAUUUAUGGUUUGUUUCAUUUGUCAUGUAGUUGAGUAGAGAAUAAAAAAUAACGUGAUUUCUUAAAUCUAAACUAAAUUGAACUACAAAAAAAAAAAGAUUGUAAGGGCAACCUAAGACCUGAUUACUUUUUAAUAUUGCACACUUUGUUGUGGGAGGAGAUGGAACAUGAGCAACCACAGUCAUCACCAAGAUUACAAACUCUUAUUUAGUCACUGGAUUUUUAUAUUUAUGUUUUCCCCCUUCUGGACAGUGAACAUGGCAGUUAGAUUUGUAUAUGGUUAAAGCCAGCUAUAAUGAUUUGCUUUGUUUGCCUGCUGAACAUGAAAGGCUCAACAGCUGGAAACAAUUUAUUAAAAAGGUCACUUAACAGCAACAGUAUACAGCUAAUCAUUAUAGUGAACUGGUACAUUAUAAGGUAAUAUAUUGAGAUCAGCAGGAUAUGUUGUGCUGUUUUAAUGUAUUCUGCUGCCAUUUGUACUAGGUCAAUACACUGUAAUUACUGCUUACCCAGCAAUAGUCUGUUGCAUCCAGAGUUUAAACCUUGCUGUGAUGUGGUUUUUAUAGCUUUCUUUUUAAUUAAGCAAAGGUGACAUGCCAAAUAGCUAUAUGACGAUGAUUCAAGAAAAAAGUCAUACUGCAAUUAUUUUAAGAUUUUCCACUCACUGACAGAUUUGAGACUAUCAGAAUAGAAAGUUGUGAUGCUACACGCAGACUGUUGUGAUGGGACACAUAGCUAAUAACUGUGGCUUUCAUAAAUUCAUUUUUUAAACCCUUCUAGCAAGCAGUAUCUCUAGAAUCAGAGAUACAGCGAUUAAAAUUGGAAUUUUUAACUUGUGAAAUUGUGUGAUAAUACUUUUCAAAAUAUAAAAGUAGUACAGAAUCUGGCCCAGUUUUCCUAUAAAUUAAUUUAUGAUAGUGUAGUUGUUUUUGAAGUUAGUGCCAUGACACUUUAGAUCACCCCUCCCUUCCCUCCAAUUCCAUCAAUUGGUCACUAGAAGUCACCUGAUAAAGUGACAACAAACUUAUUUUGUUGUUUUCUCCGAAUAUUUCAGCAGUUGUCAUGAAAAAGGUCCCGUUUGAUAUGAUUCAUUGUUUCCCUAGAGCACCAGAUGACUAAUGGUGCAUACCUCUUUGUAUCUCCUUUUGCUUGCUAUGGUUAAGGGUUUUAUGUGCUUUGUAACCUAUUACACAAAUAGCAGCAGACAAUCGAAGAUUUAAGGAGAGAGUUGACAGCUGCCAAUUUGGAAACUAGAAGUGGAAAUAAGGAAACUUCACUGAGGGUUUUUGUUUUUGUUCUACUUUCUCCAUUAAGACUGGAAUCAAGCUUAUAUGUAAACUAUUGGUAAUUUAAGUUUCUUUUUGUGUCAACAAUGUAAAACUGUCUAAUUUGAAAAAUGUAGGUUAUGAAAAAUAAAGAUUUAGGCACUGUUCA